AUGAGAAAUCAUACAGCAAUAACAACAUUCAUCCUGCUGGGAUUAACAGAUGACCCCAAACUACAACUUGUACUUUGCUUAUUUUUGUUUCUUACCUACAUGUUAAGUGUGACUGGAAACCUCAUCAUUAUCACCCUCACGCUUGUGGAUUCCCGUCUUAAAACUCCCAUGUAUUUUUUCCUCCGGAAUUUCUCUUUCUUAGAAAUCUCAUUCACCACAGCCUGUAUUCCCAGAUUCCUGUAUAGUAUGACAACAGGAGAUAAUAUUAUUACUUAUAAUGCUUGUGCCACCCAAUUGUUUUUUAUUGUCCUCUUUGCAGCAACAGAAUUCUUUCUCCUGGCUGCCAUGUCUUAUGACCGUUAUGUGGCCAUUUGCAAACCUUUGCAUUAUACAACCAUCAUGAACAACCAUGUUUGCACUAUACUCGUUCUCUGCUGCUGGGGUGCUGGCUUGCUGAUCAUUCUGCCACCUCUUGGUGUAGGCCUCCAGCUGGAAUUCUGUGACUCAAAUGUGAUUGAUCAUUUUGGCUGCGAUACCUCUCCUAUUCUGCAGAUAACCUGCUCAGACACAGUGUUCAUUGAGAAGAUUAUCUUGAGUUUUGCCAUAUUGACACUCAUUGUUACUCUAGUAUGUGUGGUCCUGUCCUACAUAUAUAUUGUCAAGACGAUCCUAAAGCUCCCUUCUGCUCAACAAAGGAAAAAGGCCUUUUCUACCUGCUCUUCCCACAUGAUCGUGGUUUCCAUCACUUAUGGCAGCUGUAUCUUUAUCUACAUCAAACCCUCAGCAAAGGAGGGUGUGGCCAUUAAUAAGGUAGUGUCUGUACUCACAACCUCUGUUGCCCCUUUGCUCAACCCUUUCAUUUACACACUUCGAAACAAACAAGUGAAAGAAGCCUUCAAAGACACAGUAAAACGGAUUGUGUUUCUCACAAAGAAGUAA